UAGAUAGAAUUUUACUUGGAUUUAAAUUCUUAGUUCUUACGUUUGAAUUUUAUCCGAUCUGUGAUAAAAUUACUAAUACAUAUUAUUAUUAUUGGUUUAUUUCACCUACAAUUGAACAAUAACAACAUGAAUAACACAAUAAAAUUAAUGUUUUGGAGUAGCGUAUUUGAGUAAUUGUCGUGUUGGUGAAGGAGUUGGGAAGGGGGACGAAAUAUGUAAUUAGUGCAGUUCAUAUCGCGUCCGAGUGCGGCGUAUGUAUGUGUGUGUGUGUGUGUUUGGGUUCCGUGAUAUCACUGUAUCAGCGCCUACGGUCGAGUGAUCGACGACCUACUAGUUAAUACCCUACAUGUCUGUGUUGUUGAAAUUUUGGGACGGUUUAUUUAUUUUUUUUACAUCGUCUACUCGUCAUUUUUUCCGUCUAUUCACUUAAAAUUACCUACCAUUGCCUACACUACAAAAUGCUGCUGACAUCUGAGACUUCCCGACGUCUUGCUCGACACGACACUGCGGCAUAAGACGUAUACACUCAAUUUCGAUUUUGGUGACAAAUGAUCUUUUUUUCUGUAACUUUGAUCAAUCAAUAUUUUUGUCGCGUCUGGCAAUAGACGCAACUACUACAACGUUACAUCACAGUCGUGACGGACAGUGCACGACGGCCAUGAGAAACAUUUGUCAGUGUGAUGAAUGAGGACGAGAUAGCCGAUAAAGUAUACGAGGAGAGAGAGAGAAUUGUCGAUCUGUACAGGAAUGGACCCGGGGAUGGAACGAUUAUAGAUCCUGUUGAUGAUCCCGCUUUCAAUGAUUAUUACAAACUUGACAGAUUUGGAUUCAUAAUAGGCGAUGAGUCAAAGUUUAAAAAAGAAGAUCCUCAAGAAAUAAAAAUCGAAGUAACUCGUGAACAAAAAUGGCUGAAAAUGAUCUCCAAUUGGGAUGGUCUGUCCCGAGAAAAACUCAAAAGACGUGUUUUCAAAGGCAUUCCAAAUUCUUUACGAGGUAUAGUUUGGGCCAAACUAUUAGGUGUCGAUCAACUCACAGAUGAUCAGAAAAAUAAAUACAAACAUAUGUGUGAGCUAGCAUGGCAGCAUUCACCAGAUGUGAGACAAAUUGAUUUAGAUGUGAAUCGAACAUAUCGAGAACAUAUCAACUUUCGAAAACGUUACAAUUUCAAGCAACAAGAAUUAUUUAACAUACUGACUGCAUAUAGUAUUUAUAAUUUAGAUAUUGGUUAUACUCAAGGAAUGUCACAAAUUGCAGCAUUACUAUUGAUGUAUUUAAGUGAAGAUGAAGCUUUCUGGGCAUUGUCUACUCUUAUUUCCCAUAGCAAGUAUCAUAUGCAUGGUUUUUUUAUACCUGGAUUUCCUAAGUUGAUACGCUUUCAAGAUCAUCAUGAUAAAAUAAUGAAUAAGUUAUUACCUAAGUUAAAAAAACAUUUGGAUAAAAAUGGAGUUGAAACUGGAUUAUAUACUUUAAAAUGGUUCUUUCAAUGUUUUUUGGAUAGAAUACCAUUUAAAUUGACUUUAAGAGUAUGGGAUAUUUUUUUACUAGAAGGUGACAAAAUAUUAUCAGCUAUGGCAUAUUGUUUAUUAAAACUACAUCGCCACCAGCUAUAUGCCUUAGGAAUGGAUGAUAUACUUAAUUUUUUGCAAGUCAAAUUGGAACAAAAUUAUCAACAUACAGCAGAUUAUACCAUUGAAAAACUUCAAGAAUGUCUUAUUGAACUAAAAAAAAAUAAACUUGACAAUGCUGGUCUGCCAUCUCCAAGUGAAAAGUUGAAGAGAGAGCUUGGAAUAUUUAAUCCUGAUGAUAUCCCUGUUAGAAAGCCACAAAUCAAUGGAGUGGAAAAAAAAAGAAAACCUAUAAAUACAGACCAAAUUCAUAGUUCACCUGAACAGGAUUCACAACUCCAAGGUUCAAUUAUUACAAAUGGUAAAAACAGUUUAGACGAUGUUAGCUCAAUUGUUGGUGACAGUUCUAGACGCUCAUUGCUGGACACUAGUGUAACUUCUGCGGCUACAACUACAGUAUCUCCACAAAGUAUACAAAAUGAUGAUACUGGAUCGGAUGUAACAUGUGUGAGCCCACAGCCCGAUGUGCUUCGCAUUUAUGUGCCAUACGAUACUCCUACAAAGAAAUCUCCUACUUCUGUUGCAAACAAAAUUACAACAAUACAGGUGAUGGACGAGAUGGUCACUCCUACUGUGGAAACAGAUGGUAUGUUUAAAGCGGUGUCUACUAUAAACUAAUCAUUUGUUGAAUUAGUGAUAUACUAAAUUGGCUGUGAUUGAAUAUAUAGUUGGUGACUACGACUAUAAGCAGUGCUACUUUCGUUGUAAAUUGGUUAUACCAUUUUUGUAUUUUUGUGUACAGUACAUAAUUUGUUCUUGACAAGAUGCUUAGAUGUAGCUUAAGACUAACAACUGAAAUAACAUUAAAUAACCAUAUAAUUUAUACCUCAACAAGUCAUUAAUUUAAAAUAAUUAAUAAUAAAAUGGU